ACAUCCCCAACACAGCGAGAACCUUCAAGAGCAGUCGGAGAAGUGUCCGAGAAGACACCCGCCUCGCCACCCUGGAGGGAGAGGAGCAACCCACGGAGCACCCAGCCGCUUUCAUGAUGAGUGUGAGCGGUACACUGGAGAAAGGAGCACAUCACCAGGCAGUGGACCUGUCUGAGGAGCUGCCCCCCCACCAUCACCACCACCCUCCCCCUCAUCCCAUGCACCCUGUGGGGGCAGACAGGGAGAGCCCGCGGGUGGUAGUGCCUCCCCCAUACUCUGCAGCAGACAGCGGGGGGAGCGAGGGCCCACUGGAGCUCCGGGGCUCUCUAGACUGCUGGGCCUGCUCCGUGCUGGUCACGGCUCAGAACCUGCUCAUCGCCGCCAUCAACGCCUGCCUGGCUGCCCUGGUGUUCGGCUGCAUCCUCACCCCUGCUGUGGUCAUGGUGCUCUUCGGCUUCCUCUGCCACUCCACAGUGCGGCCCCAUGACUCGGCCCCGUAUUGCUCGGAGCUGCUCACAGAUGGAGGCUGUGUGGCUCUUCUGGUGGUGGGUUUCCUCCUCAUGACCCCCCUCCUGGUGCUGGCCCUGGCUGCAUACUGUCGUCUGGCCCGGCACCUUCAGCUGGGACUCUGCUUCAUCCCUUACAGCCGCGCCGUCUACAAGAACCUGCCCGCCACACACCACCGUGGCCUGGGCACAUGUUGUGGGGACCACCAGGGGCCCCACGGGGCCAAGGCCAAAGUGUGGGUGUGACACAUGAGAGGGCCACGAACAUCUGAGAGAGUCACACAGCCAAAAUGCAUAUCUACAAAAUUUUGGCAUAUUCAUUUGAUGUGAAGAUGAUGACUGGAGUGGAACUAUUUACAAGUUUAAAAACAAUUAUGCAUUUU